ACAACCGGACACAGCGUGCUGUGCUCGGUUCAGCGAUAGAUCAGUCAUUCAAAAUGUUGAGAAUUACGAUCCGGACAGACGUAGGAUCCCUUUGGAUAUUACUCUGUAUUGUAUAUUCACAGUUCCUAGCUGUGUCAUCCGAUGACAUUGUGGUGGCAUGUGGCGGAUUCGUAAAAUCCGACGUUGAAAUCAAUUACUCUCUGAUCGAGAUUAAACUGUACACAAAACAAGGUUCGUUGAAAUAUCAAACAGACUGUGCUCCCAUCAAUGGUUACUUCAUGAUCCCUCUCUAUGAUAAGGGAGACUUUGUUUUGAAAAUUGAGCCCCCUCUUGGGUGGAGCUUUGAACCUACCAGCGUUGACCUGCAUGUGGAUGGAGUCAGUGACAUCUGCACCAAGGAAGAAGACAUCAACUUUGUUUUUACUGGGUUCUCAGUUUCUGGAACGGUUCUGAGUAAGGGCCAUCUCCUGGGCCCAGCAGGAGUUGAAGUCAGGCUGAGCCGAGCGGGAACGGAGGAGAAGCUCCAGAGUGUGGUCACUCAGCCUGGAGGAAAGUACACCUUCUUCAAAGUGCUACCUGGAAGUUACGAUAUCACAGCCUCCCACCCGUCUUGGACUCUGGAACAGAGCACCACCUCAGUGCAGGUCUCCAACGCCAACGCCCCGGCCGCCGACCAUCUGGUGGUUGGAGGCUAUGAUGUCUCAGGGGAAGUUCGCAGUGAUGGAGAGCCCAUGAAGGAGGUCACCUUCCUACUGUACUCCGCUGCAGUCAAGAAAGAGGACAUCAGUGGCUGUAACACAUCCCCUGUGGAGGGUACGGACCCCGGGGACAGCUCCCUCGUCUACCUGUGCAGCGCUCUGUCCAGGGAUGAUGGCAGCUUCACCUUUCCCUCUCUGGCCAGUGGCGAGUACACUGUUGUGCCUUUCUAUCGGGGGGAAAGGAUCACUUUUGACGUUGCUCCUUCUAGGAUGAAUUUCAAGGUGGAACACAACAGCUUGAAACUUGAGCCCAUCUUCCGUGUGAUGGGUUUCUCUGUGACGGGCCGGGUUCUCAACAGUGCUGGUGGGGAGGGUGUGCCUGACGCCGCCGUCUCCCUCAACAAUCAGAUCAAAGUUGUCAGCAAGGAGGAUGGUUCUUUCCGGUUAGAGAACAUGACAGCUGGUACCUACACCAUCCGUGUCAACAAGGAGCUCAUGUUUUUCGAGCCAGUAACUGUGAAGAUUGCCCCGAACACGCCUCAGCUUCCAGACAUCAUCACCGCAGGGUUUAGCGUAUGUGGUCAGAUCUCCAUUAGUCGCCUCCCUGAAGGAAUGAAGCAGCAGGGCCGCUACAAGGUGACUCUGAUAAACCAGAACCAAGACAAGGCUUCCAGUCGGACCGUCGAGUCAGACCCUCAGGGGUCUUUCUGCUUCCAGGCCAAACCUGGAGACUACACCGUCCAUGUAUCGCUUCCUGAAGCGGAGGUCAGUGCAGGCCUGGCUCUGCAGCCUCAGGCCCUCCAGGUCUCCCUUGUGGACCAGCCCCUUACAGACCUCCUUUUCACCCAGUUCAUGGCCUCCGUCUCCGGAAAAGUCUACUGUCUCUCUUCCUGUGAUGAGCUGUCUGUAACUCUGCAACCGGUGAAUCGGCAGGGAGAGAGGAAGAUGGCGGCUUUGUCUGGCAGCAGCGACGUCCUCAGCUUCUCUUUUGACGACGUUUUGCCCGGGAAAUACAAAGUGGCUAUUUCUCACGAGGAGUGGUGUUGGAAACAUAAGUCUGUGGAAGUGGAGGUUCUAGACUCGGAUGUCUUGGGGGUGGAGUUCAGACAGAUUGGCUACAUCCUCCGCUGCUCCCUCUCCCACGCCAUCACUUUGGAAUUCUUCCAAGAUGGCAGCAAACCCGAGAAUGUUGGCGUGUACAACCUCUCUAAGGGAGUCAACCGCUUCUGUCUGUCCAAACCUGGUGUUUACAAGGUCACCCCGCGCUCCUGCCAUCAGUUUGAGCAGGACUUCUACACCUACGAUACCUCGGCCCCCAGCAUCCUGACCCUCACUGCGGUGCGGCAUCACAUGACAGGACUCAUCACCACCGACAAGAUUCUAGACGUCACAGUCACAAUCAAGUCGUCCAUAGAGAGCGAGCCAGCGCUGGUUUUGGGUCCCCUACGAAGUCUGGAAGAACAGAGGCAGGAGCAACAGCUGCAGGAGAUUCAGCUGCGCCGUCAGGAACGAGAGCGUCGUGCAGCCGAAGAGGAAGGAGGUGCCAAAGACGACAGCCCUCCAAUCCAAGAGAAGGCUGACGAACUGACAGGCCCCUUCCACUAUGAGUUCUCCUACUGGGCCAGGGCUGGUGAGAAGAUCACAGUGACUCCUUCCUCCAAAGAACUGCUGUUUUACCCUCCUGAAGUGGAAGCAACUAUCACAGGAGAAUCGUGUCCAGGUCGGCUGGUGGACAUUGUUGGCCGUGCGGGUCUAUUCUUAGAGGGUAAGGUGUCACCGGAGCUACAGGAUGUGGAGAUAUCCAUCACUGAGAGAGGAGCUGCUGCACCGUUCAUUACCGUGGCAACUAAUGAGUUGGGAGCCUAUAGCGUUGGGCCACUCCACAGCGACCGGCAGUACGACAUCAGUGCCAGUAAAGAGGGUUUUGUCCUGAGUCCAGUGGAGGGGACCCAGGGAGAUUUCAAGGCGUUCGCUCUGGCCGGUGUCACCUUCAAGAUUAAAUCAGAAGAUGGCCAGCCGCUGUCAGGCGUCCUGCUGUCUCUGAGUGGAGGACAUUUUCGUUCAAACCUUUUGACUCAGGACACUGGCCUCCUCACCUUCAAUAACCUGAGUCCUGGUCAGUACUAUUUCAAGCCCAUGAUGAAGGAGUUUCGCUUUGAGCCGGCAUCUCAGAUGAUCACAGUGGAGGAGGGUCAAAGCCUCAGUAUUGAUAUAACCGGCAUUAAGACUGCAUACAGCUGCUAUGGAGCGGUGCAGUCCCUGAGCGGUGAUGCAGAGAGGGAUGUUGCUGUGGAGGCGGUGGGACAGGGGGAAUGCAGCCUCUACAGCGAGGACACCGUCACUGAUGAAGAGGGCCGAUUCAGACUCAGGGGUCUGCUGCCGGGUUGCAAAUAUCUGAUUCAGCUGCGAGCUGAAGGCAAUGACCACAUAGAGAGAGCUUUGCCACAGCACAGAGCUAUAGAGGUUGGCAGUAGUGACAUUGAAGGGGUCAACAUCAUCGCCUUUAGGCAGAUCAAUCAGUUCGACCUCAGCGGAAACAUCAUCACGUCUCCUGAACAUCUCCCAACAUUAUCGGUGAAAUUGUACAAGAUUGAUAAUCUGGACAAUCCGAUCAACAGUGUCUCUAUGGGACAGUCUCUUUUCUUCCAUUUCCCUCCUCUGGACAGGGACAGCGAGAACUACGUGCUGAUACUGCACUCCACGUUGUCCCGCUCCCAGUAUGAUUACACCCUGCCUCAGGUCUCCUUCUCCUCCACCGGCUACCACAAGCACGUUACUCUCACCUUCAACCCCACCCGUAAAGUGCCUGACCAGGAUGUCGCACAAGGCUCCUACAUCGCUCUGCCUCUCACCUUACUCCUACUACUAGCAGCAUACAACCAUGAGAAGGUGUUUCCGCUGGUGUUGCAGCUGUUCAACCGCAUCCAAGGAGUGAGGAGCAUGGCCCAAACCAGCAGCGACAGCGCUGCUUUAGAUGAAGCCAAACGUCAGGCCAAGAGACAGAAAGCCAGGCGUACAUGAGGCACAGUUCACAUCUUCGUACACUAAGCUGAACGCUAUGAUGACCUCAGCCUCGGAGAAACUGGGGUUCCAUGUCAUCGAGGGUUACAGCUGUGUGUUUUGAGUGUUUUCAAAGCGUGUUUGAAGCCCAACACAGACCACUCGACAUGCAUUAACACCACCUCAUCAGCCAUUCUUUUUCAUUGGACUGAUAGCUGGUAUUUUAUAGAUGAAUUCUUUUUCUUUCCAUAACAGUCAUGUCCAAGAUAUAUGUUAAGAUUUGUAAUAGAUUGUUUUUUUAUACAUUUGUAAUUUAUCAAGGUCAACUUAAAGGUUUUUUGAUUGCACUUACAUGCCUCAUAUGUCAGUCUUAACACUGCACAUCAUGCCAAUCAGGACUGGGGUCAGUUAAAAAUACAAAAUACAGGAUUUUUAUCAGGCUGUGGUCUGAAUGUGAUCAAACGUCACCAAUCAAGUGUUUCUAAAAUGCCUACCAGAGUUUCAAUGACCUGACAUCAUUGUGACCCCAUGUGUUAUUAAACCAGUCUCAUAAUUCCAUCAGAAACAUGGGAUUCACUGUCACUGUCACUGGAAGGCAGCCAAAGACACUUAAUAACUGCAUUUUAUUGUAAUAAGUCAUCCUCUUACUUAAACAUAUGUUACUGUAACACACCCCUCUUCUGAUGGUCUUUUACAAUCUGUAAGUGUGAUGUAAGACUGACAAUGUCAGUUUAUUGGCCGAGGAAGGUGGUGAUGAAUAGGAUGCUGGAAAUUUGGGUUUGAAUUCUGUCAGGACAUUUUUUGUUUUCUUUAAAGGGUGGGCAGGGGCAGUGGGGUCGAGAGGUAGAGGACUAAUAGCUGAUUAAUUUAUUAAUAUGUUUAAUCAGAUGUGAAUGAUUACCUAGUUUGUGUAUGCAGUUUUAAUUUACUUUAAUUUGUCAAAGUGUGAUAAACUAUGCAGAAUGGAAAAAGUUAGAAUAAUUCAUGGGAAUCAAAGGGUCUGUUAUGACCCUGAGCCAAAUUUAGAAAGAUAAGGCAGCAUUGUAAUUUCACAAGCUCAGCGUCUUCCCACAGAGCUGUGGAAAUAUACUGUGAAAGAUAUGGAGCCGGAUUAUUUUUCUGUGUUUAAUCUAAAUGCUCUCAGUUGUAACACACUUUAACUGGACUGAAAUCUGUCCUAGUUAGGACACAAUUAGAUAAUUCAAUAGUUUUGUUGGGGUGGGGGGUGGUUUGUCCAUGUCAUCUGGUCCCAACCUGUUUUUGACUAAAUAAAGUUUGAGU